UUCAAGCAGCAAUUCCUAUUGCAGGCAAUAUAAAAGCAGAUUUAGCAAGAACAAAUUCAAAAAAUGUGGUCCGAUUUCAGAAAACACAACCAGUUACAGAAUGUGUAAACUUGAUAACGGAGUAAAUAUGCAACUUGAGCAGAACAGAAAGACUGCAGAUUGAUCACCUGGUUUGUCUUGAGAAAUACAUCAAAGAAUUUUCUGCUACAUACGUGUAUACUCAUCGGGCGUCGAGAAAGGAAACUCUAACAGAGAAAAUUCGUAAAUCGAUGACCGAAAAUGUCAAGUCGGCAGCUUACAAUAAUUUGUUAGAUCAAAAUAAUAAAGUAUUUGGCAGCAACGAUGGGCAAUUUGUCGAUGCAGAUCAACAAAUUCUCAACUUUGCAAGAGACGACGUUCAUAAAAAUAUUUCAACUCAGAGGCCUACAAGACUUUACGGGCCUUUGGCGUCUUAUGUUAAAUCUAUUGCACAGAUUUCAUGCGGAAGUAUUCGAGGAACGUGUUGGCUUGUGUCGAAAAGGCUCGUGAUAACUAACUUUCACAUUUACAUGAUGAUCAAUAAGGAAAGAGAGGAUACUCAAAAUCCCAACUUGCCAAUAUACGUUUCAUUUGAUUUUUUGCAUCACGACCCAACGCAAGGUGUUGUCACAGUUGAAGUUGAUGAAGAACAAGAUCCAGACCUAGAGAAUUUACAAUUGGAUUAUAAAUUCUUAUGUCUGAAAGAAGACGAAAGUCUUAACGGCCGCCCUCUUCUGGGUUCAAUUGUUCGAGGUCGUCGAUUAGAAGAAGGGCGAGUUAUAAUCAUUGGGCACCCUGGCGGUGAGGAAAUGCAUGAAGAAACAUGCGUUGUUGUAAGCAAUCAUUCGUGGCGUGAAAAACUUAAUGCAAGGCAUGGUGCUCACACUGGUGUACACAUGACCAACACAGAUCUUCUUAACGCGACUGAGGGAUACAAAGAAUGUCUGCCCUACGAUACAAGUCUAUUUUGUGGUGCCAGUGGCUCUCCUGGCUCUCCUGAUAUGAACGGUAACAUCGUCGCAAUGCACGCUCAAGGAUACGUGUUACCAACUAUGAAGGGAAGACGGUGUUCACUGAUGGAGUUUGGUUUGCAGUUUAAUGCGAUCUGUAAAGACAUUAAACGGAAGUACAGUGAAAAUGCUGUCGAAGAAUUAUUUCCAAAUUACAAUUUAGACACCGAUGGCCAGACAAUGUAUGACCAUCCAAUGGAAGUAGACUAAUGAUACGAAAGCGGUUUUUUAGAUGAAGAUGAAUAUAUGUGUUAGUAUAGGUGUGAAUUGUUCAGUAACGACCAGAUGCCUACGAUUAUGCUGGGGUACUUGUUCUGACGCUAAAUCAGAAGAAAAACCACUCUGAGUUUUUAGACUUCAAUUUUCCAGUAGAAAUUUUCUAGUGUAAAUA